ACUAGCAGACUAUAAAUACGGCGACAGCAUGAACUGGUUACCUAUAUAUAUGAGAGAGAUCGAUAAGUCGGUUGCACUUUCGCCUGUCCCCACAGAGGACAGCGUUUGACAAAGGGACACUGUUGUAGUUAUUCGCCGCUAGCUAACUCCGUUUAGCCGCACGGCUCCGGAGACAAAAACAAGCAACAAACUGUCCCCGCCGGUGUCGAGCGAUGGCUGUCAAUAAAGUCAAAUUGGCUGUUGGGCUGCUCGUAGCAGGGGUCCUAACUGUGGUUCUUGGGACGGUUCUGGUUUUUGUGGGACCGAUAAUCAUCGACGACCAGAUAGUCAAGAACACUGUGAUCGACCCAAAGAAUGAGAUGACCUACACCAUGUGGAAGGACGUCCCUGUGCCUUUCUUCAUGUCGGUCUACUUCUUCCACGUCCUUAACCCUAAGGAGAUACUGAAUGGAGAAAAGCCCAUGGUGGAGCAGAGAGGACCUUAUGUGUACAGGAAACGUAUCCAGAAAGACAACAUCACAUUUCACGCCAACAACACAGUGUCCUACAUGGAGUACAGACAGUACUACUUCGAGCCGUCCAUGUCUGCAGGGAACGAGUCGGAUGUCGUCACGAUUCCGAACAUGUUGGUGCUGGCCGCGUCGGCGAUGAUGGAAAAGAUGCCCUACGCUUUGCGUUUAGUCGUCAGCGCCACCUUCAGGAAUUUCGGAGAGGAGGCCUUCAUGACCAAGACAGUAGGGGAGCUGAUGUGGGGCUUCGACAGCGCGCUGCUCGAGUUCCUCAAUAAAUUAAUGCCCGGCAAGCUGCCCGUAACGGGAAAGUUUGGCCUCUUUGCUGAUUUCAACAACUCCAACACCGGCCUGUUCACCAUCUUCACCGGACAAGACGACAUCAGGAAUGUGCACAAAGUGGACUCCUGGAACGGCCUGAAGGAGCUGGACUACUGGCGGAGUCCUCAGUGCAACAUGAUCAAUGGAACAGCUGGACAGAUGUGGCCCCCCUUCAUGACCAAAGAGAGCACUUUACCUUUCUACAGCCCUGACGCCUGCAGAUCUAUGGAGCUUGUGUACCAGCGUCCCGGCGAGUUGAAAGGCAUCCCUCUGUAUCGGUUUGUCGCACCCAAGACCCUCUUUGCCAAUGGGGCAGACUACGCCCCCAAUGAAGGCUUCUGCCCCUGCAGACAGUCUGGUCUGCUGAAUGUCAGCAGCUGCCGCCACGACUCUCCGGUCUUCAUCUCUCAUCCUCACUUCUUUAAUGCUGAUCCUGUGCUGCUGGACUAUGUGCUGGGCCUUAAUCCGAAUGAGGAAGAGCAUGGCCUCUUCAUAGACAUUCACCCGCAAACGGGUGUCCCCCUGAACGUGUCCAUCCGUCUGCAGCUCAACCUCUACAUGAAGAGAGUGUCAGGAAUUACACAAACUGGAAAGAUUUCUGAGGUGGUGAUGCCGAUGAUCUGGUUCGAGGAGAGCGGCUACAUCGACGGCCCCAUCCUCACUACGUUCCACACGAACCUGGUUGUCCUCCCCACCGUGAUGGAGUACAUGCAGUACGGCUUCAUCGCCCUCGGCCUCGCCACCAUAGUCAUCGCUGCCGUGUUGUAUCACACAGUGAAGAGGUUUAAAGAAGCACCUGGGACAGUGACUCCCACAGAGGUGGACAACCCUGAGGACUUUAGAACAGACUCCGAUAAAGAGACGAUAGCAGGUUCUCAUGACCGCGAAACAAAGGAGAAAUAUGUCAUGAAUGAUUCAGAGAAGUAAACGUGACCACGGCGCCACAUCGGACAGAAACACGAGCGCUUCAACCGGAGAGAAAGACCCACUGCUACAAGAUGAUACGGACUGACAUACACACACACACACACACACACACACACACGAGCACACACCGCUGGUGUUCAGGACUCACUGACGGCCAACAUCACCCCAGUAUCCUGAAGCGAAACACUGUCACAGAGUGCCGCGCCCUGACGUUUCAAACCCCAGGGGACGUUUUCUCACUGCUGUAAAGUCUAUGAGACUCUCAGCCGAAGACCCACGCUCGCUUUAACCUGCUCGUGUCGAGGCUGCCGGAGUUGAGACGUUUGACGUCUUCAGGCGGCGCGGGGGAAGCCGCUCUGCUUUAUUUUUUUUUCUCUACGAAGAACUACCAGAAAACCACCACUUCCUGUGACAGUUUAGAACACGUUCGUUUUGCUGGUGAUCAUCAGCAGCUGAAGUAUUUUUUAGUUUUAUUGCUAUCAUUCAAGUUUUAGUGCAAGUGUUUCUGUAUCAACAACAAGGGAACUUUUACUACCAAUGUGCCUUCACAAAGGGGGAAGCAUUUCUUUGACGAACUAACCUUCACGUUCUUGUAUUGUAUUGUGUUUGCACUGAGGACCACAGUUAAACUGAAUUGCUGUUGAGGCCGAAGCAGAGACUCAGACAUCAUUUGACCAUCAGUGAGUCCAGCAGGGAGCGGACACUCCUCCGUCUACUACUGUCCUCUGUAAAGGGGUGAAUGUAUAUCUUGAGAUGUAUGUGAAUGAUGCUGUUUGUGUCAAAUGGCUCCUCGUUAUAAAUGAGUGAAUAAACGAAGAGAAACUUUG